UUCUGAGCAGGGACCCGGGGCAGGACUUCUAGUCAAGUCGGAGUAGAGGAAACUGAAGUACCAGGGAACAGGGAGGCCAUACACAUAUCCCGCAGGUCCAACUCUCAGAUUUCUCCGCAGUUCAGCUCUUUUUGUCGGCCGUGUGAAUGAUGCAGUGCGUGCAGGGGAUGUUGUGCCUGUCGGUACUGGUGGCGUUCGCCGCCUGCAAUGCUCCCCCGGUACCGUUAGACGACAUCCUCAUUGAGAAAACUUUCGUGCCGGAGCAGUGCGUGCGCGCCGUCAAAGUGGGCGACUAUGUCAGGUACCACUACAACGGCAUGUUUCCGGACGGCAAGAAGUUCGACUCGAGUUAUGACCGUGGCAGCACCUACAACGUGUUUGUUGGUAAGAAGCAGCUGAUCGAGGGGAUGGACAAAGCUCUGGUGGGGAUGUGUGUCAACGAGAGAAGACUGGUCAAGAUCCCGCCUCACCUGGCCUAUGGAAAGCAGGGAUACGGUGACAUCAUCCCUCCUGACUCCAUCCUUCAUUUUGACGUCCUGCUGCUCGAUGUGUGGAACCCAGAGGACGGCGUUCAGGUCAAGACUUACCACACGCCCUCGACCUGCUCCAGAAAGGUGGAGGUGUCGGACUACGUCCGCUACCACUACAAUGGCACACUGCUGGAUGGGACACUCUUUGAUUCCAGUCACACCCGUAUGCGCACAUAUGACACUUACGUGGGGAUUGGCUGGCUGAUCGCUGGUAUGGAUCAGGGGCUUCUGGGAAUGUGUGUUGGAGAGAGACGCAUCAUCACUAUGCCGCCGUCUCUUGGAUAUGGAGAGAAUGGAGAUGGCAGCGACAUCCCAGGACAGGCAUCUCUGGUGUUUGAUGUCGUACUCCUAGACCUCCACAACCCCAGAGAUGGGAUCGCAGUGACCAAUCAGAAGGUGCCUGAGUCCUGCGUGAGAAAGAGCGUCGCUGGGGACUUUGUACGCUACCACUACAACGGCAGCCUCCUCGAUGGAACAUUUUUUGAUUCCAGCUACUCUCGUAAUCGUACCUAUGACACCUAUGUGGGUCGAGGCUAUGUGAUUGCCGGCAUGGACGAGGGUCUGAUUGGAGUUUGUGUUGGAGAGAGACGCACCAUCACCAUCCCCCCACAUCUUGCCUAUGGAGAAGAGGGCACUGGCGGUAAGAUCCCUGGUUCAGCUGUGCUGGUGUUUGACGUUCACAUCAUCGAUUUCCACAACCCGUCAGACAGCACUGAGGUCACAGUCACUUACAAGCCAGAAGAGUGUGUUAAGCAAACCAAGAAGGGAGACUUUAUCAAAUAUCACUACAAUGCUUCUCUGAUGGACGGCACAUCCAUCGACUCCACGUAUAAUUAUGGAAAGACAUACAACAUUGUCCUGGGAGCCAACCUGAUAGUCCCAGGGAUGGAGGACGGACUUUUGGACAUGUGUGUGGGAGAGAAAAGGCACCUUGUUAUUCCCCCUCACCUGGGCUACGGGGAGAGAGGAGUCACUGAUGAAGUCCCAGGGAGUGCUGUGCUGGUGUUUGACAUUGAGCUGGUGGACAUGGAGGAAGGACUUCCUGAAGGCUACAUGUUCAUCUGGAACGACGAUGUGUCCCCUGACCUCUUCGCUGAGAUGGACAAAGACAACGACGAGCAGGUGGAGCCCUCUGAGUUUACUGACUACAUCAUGCGGCAGGUGAGCGAGGGUAAAGGCCGCCUGGCUCCCGGCUUCGAUCCCUAUCGCAUCAUUGAGAACAUGUUUUCCAACCAGGACAGAAACGGAGACGGAAAAAUCACAGCGGCAGAGUUCAGACUGAAAGCAGAUGAAGCCGCUGCCCACGAUGAGCUAUGACGGGAAUGAGUGUAAAACUCAGAUCAGGGUGUAGGGUGAAGGGUCAGACAGUCGGGGGAAAUGUGGGGGGUACAGUAAAAACAUGCUGCAAGAGAUUUUGUGUUUUUAUUUUGAGUACUGAGAUGAUGGUAAAAGGUUGUAAAAGAUUAAAAGAUUAUUUUGAAAAGUAAAAGUUGGAUAGAAAACACCUAAUAUGAGGCCUGUGAUGACAGUGAAUGACUUUUUUUUUUUUUACCUCUUCUCCCAAUAGGUUCUCUAUGUUUUGUUUUAUGUAAUUUUUUUUAUUUUUAUUUUGAAGGGUAUAAAAGCACUCCUGUGUGAGAGAACAAACCAAGGCCUCACUCCACAAUCUCUACAUUCAACACUCCUUCCUUUUUUUAAUUGUUGUUAAUAUUUUGCAGUUGUGUGUGAAACUUUCUGUUCUUUUGAUUGGGUAUCAGCUUUUCUAAAAUAUCUGACAGUCUUCCAGAAGCAAUGAGUCGAUCAUCACUUACUGUAACAUACUGUGCUGGAGAGAGGUUACAUUUGUUUCUGAGAGUUACCACUCAUUUAUAGGUGAAAAUAAGUGAUAAUUUUAAGUGAGAGCUUUGAGUUAGAAUAACAUAAUAUUUACCUAGUUUACAGCUGACAACUUCCACUGUUUUACUUUAAAAUGUCAGGAUGCCUUCUGUGUUUUCUGCUGUUGAAAAUAUCCAUACAGGGCAUCAGUGGCCCUCCAAAAUAACACUGAAAAGUCCAAAAUCCUAAAUCUCUUGUUUUUGUCUUCAUCCAGAUGUCAGUUGGAAUUCUAAGACUUUGUGUGUUCGUGUACGAGUGAGUGCGAGAGGGAAAAGUGUGUGAAUGUAGUUUUUGUUUAACUUUUUCAUUCAGGAUAACACUGAGGCUUGAUGAUUUCAAUGUCAGCACAAACUGUAAUUUGAUUAAAUGAC